AUGGAAGACAGCCAAGAAGACCGAGUAGACUCUCAAGAUGUCGCUCAAGAGACGCCCGCAGAAAAUGUCUUCAUCCCACCAUCCAUCGUGAAAUCGCAAGUCCUCUCCGGAGCGAGCUACACGCACCACUCCGCCAUCCCACCAUGCAUCGCAGCAGACAUGACGACAGAAUGCGUGCUCGGAGUGGACGAAGCAGGGCGCGGACCUGUCCUUGGGCCCAUGGUCUACGCCCUCUACUACCUCCCCAUCCCCCUGCACAAAUCGCUCCUGGCCGAAACCCACCACUUCGACGACUCCAAAGUCCUCACGCCCGCUGUGCGCUCCGACCUCAUGGAGAAAAUCAGCACUCCCGGCACCGACCUGUUCGCCAACGGCGGCUGGGCCACCCGCCUCAUGUCCGCGCGCGACAUCUCCGCUGGCCAGCUGCGGCCUAACGGCACGUACAAUCUGAAUGCGCAAGCUAUGGAUGCCACCAUUGCGCUCAUUCAGGAAGUCCUGGAUUCCGGUGUUAAUGUGCGGGAGAUUUACAUUGAUACUAUUGGACGCCCGGAAGUGUACCAGAAACGGCUGGAGAGGAUUUUCCCCGCGCAGGCGAUUACGGUCGCGAAAAAGGCGGAUAGUUUGUACCCUUGUGUCUCUGCUGCUUCGGUGUGUGCGAAGGUGACGAGGGAUGCGGCGCUGGAUGUGCUGUACACCGCGUACAGUGCUGCGGAGGAGAGUGGAGAGGUGGCCUGGGGUUCGGGCUAUCCUUCCGAUGCGCGGACGACGAAUUGGCUGAAGGAGAAUAUAAAUCCGGUUUUUGGGUGGGGGAAUGAGUGUCGGUUCAGCUGGGGCACGGCGAAGGAGAUGCUGGAGGUUAAGGGGGCGCCGUGUAGGGUUGAUUGGCCGGAGGAACACGAUGCGGGGGAUAACAUGAAGUUGACGGGAUUCAUGUUUGGGGCCGAGGAAGAGAAAGAGGAUGAGCUGGUGACGUGGUUUGGCAGACGGGUGGACGAGACAGUGUUUUGA